GUGAUAAGCUGUCAUGGGAAAUUUGAACCAUGUGGCCAGCGUCACCAUGAAAAAGGAAGUAACAUGUAGUCUGCAGUCUGCGUUUCUGUUAACCCAGAAACAAUGAACCUUCAACUCCUGUUCACUCUUUCCCUGCAAGUGGCAUUAGUUAAAUCCCUCAGGGAAGUCUUUGGGUACCCUGGGGAUACGGUCACCUUGCCCUCAAAAGCUGACCCAUCAUGGAAUCUUUCCUCAAUCGUGUGGUCAAUAUUUUCAAACAACACGUGGAUUGCCACCUUUCACAAUGGGAAUGAAAACGUCAAAUGGGUCGAUCGGUAUAAAGGGAGACUCAGCCUCAAAACUUCCUCAGGUGACUUGACGAUCAGUAAUUUGACCACAGAGGAUGAGAGGGAAUACACUGUGGACCUCAUCAAUACUGCGGGACAGCCCAAGGGAGACAAGAUUAAGCUCACAGUGAGACAACGCCUCCAGAUGCCAAUCAUAGAGACUGUCGCCUAUGAAUCUGUAAAAGGAGGUUGCUGGUUGGGGCUGCGUUGUUCCUCAGCAGAAAAGGGUGUUGACUUGUCCUGGCAGGGUGAACCUUCCAGCAUGACGGUCUUCAACAUGACUAAUCCUGAUGACAACUCUGCAGUUCUUUUGGCAUUUCUCAACACCACACAGAAGAGUGUCAAAUUUAACUGCACCUCCAGCAAGAAUAUGGAGAAGGCCUCAAGUGUUGUGACAAGAAAGUGUGAGGAUAACAAGCCUCAGCCAUCUCCUCAGUCCAGGGAAAGAAAUGCUGCUCCGUUUUUCUUUGGAGGCGCCCUGGGAGGGGCACUGACAGUGAUUGUAUUAUAUUUUUUCGGAGAACAAAUCAAAGCUAACGUUGCACACCUCAAAGGAAAAAUGUUUCCAACAACAACAGAUGUUAACGUCUAAAGGUUAGCUUCUGUUCGUGCAAUAACUGUCCAAGGUUUGUAGCAAUAAAUGGCGACACAGUUGUAAGAAAUGACCAAGUUUUCUCUCUUUGCUACAGUGAGGAAGCAAGACCAAAGACACCAUAAAAAGAUGUCUACACCACGUGUGUAGCUUUAGGAUUGUAUUGUAUAAUGAUAAAAAAAAAAAAGACCAGCAUUAAGAAAACUACAUGAUGCAUAUUAUAGAUAAUAGAUAUUAUAAGAAAGUGAACGCAGGAACAUAUAAAUUAAAUAAAUAAGUGUAUUUUGAGAGAAUCGGCAGAGUUUGGACCUAAUAUAAUGAACAGCUGCACAAAAUCCAGAGAACCAACACAGGUGCACCAAAUGAUUCACAAUGAUAGUAAUUACAUUAUAUUAUACUGUUGUACAGCUAUUAAUAUGGCUGGUAUGGGCUACUGUGCAUUUUUUUGCAUCUCUGGUGCAAAACCAUCACAUCUUGUUUUGAUUUUUUAUAUUUCUUGUCUACUUUAGUGUUUCUUCUUUUUUAUCCUGUCACAUGUGAACUUAUACUUUUUAACUGUGCUUAUAUUUUGUAUUGUUAUGAAAAAAAGGCAAUAUUUUCUACAUUUACUUUUUGCACUUUUUGUAUUUUAACUAUUGUGUUGUCAAAUGUUUUGUACUAUUUUGCCUGAAGUUUUGUAAAUACAUUUAUGUGGAGGUUGUUGCAGGACCUUGUGUUACUGGUAUACUAACGAAAGGUAGCCUAAGCUGUGCAUGAAUAUCGGUUACGGUUUGCAAACGGCAUAGGCAGAGAAAGAGUUUGGUGCUGUGCCUGCACUUUCCGGUCAAUUAUGUUAAUCAGUCACUCAGUCUGUCUCUUUAUUAUAAUCUGCUUCUUUUGAUACUUCUUAAUUAUAUUGCUUCGUGUUUUUAUACAGUUUGCUUAUUGUUCUGUCCUUUGUUUUUGUACAGUUUACUUACUCUAAAUAUUUGCAUAUUGCUUUGUAUUUUUUUUUUCUACUGAUACGUCCUGUUUGCACUAUCCCUUUGCUGCUGUAAUGUUGCAAAUUUCCCCACUGUGGGACGAAUAAUGCUGUCAAAUGCUGCUUCAUGUCCUGCUGGUUUAUAAAUACAAUUUAAUUUACGUUUUUUAAAAUUCCAUCCAUCUCCUGAGAUUUUGUAGAGUGAAGUUUGUGUACAAGAGCAGACCGCUCUGAUUUCAUUAAACAGUCACAUAUGAAUUCUUAUAAUUAUCUCCGUAACAGACUAAAUAUUCUUAAAGAAUCCCAGAGAAGUGAUGUCUGCAGCGGCUGCAGCUCAGCGCUCCUUCUCUUCUUCUCUGCGCUCUUUGUGCACAGUGUGUGCAGCACCAAAGCCCAUAUCAGAUUUGUUUAACCCUUAGAUGCAUAAGUGGGGUCAAAAAUGACCCCGGGGUUGUUUUUCUUGAAUAUCUAUGGAAUUAAAAGUUUUUAUCAUUUCAUAUUCCAGGUAUUCCUCAUAAAACAUGUUUUUGACAUGAGGCCAUUUGCAUUAAAAAAAAUGUAUAUACAUUUUAAGAAAUUGUUGUUUUUGUAUCACCCACUCUUCCAUAAGUGGGGUCAAAAAUGACCCCAGCAUUUCCUAUGGAAUAUCAAGGGUUAGACUUAGGAAUCUUUGAUUCUUAUCGACUGUGACUGUCAGGUACACAUUUACUGUCACACUUACACAUCUAAUGUCAGCAGUCUCACCACCCAGGAGGAUUUUUAUACAGCAACAUACAUCUAAGUAUUAUAUUCGUUUUAUAUCUUGGAAUACAUAUGACGUUAUAAAAUAUGAACUUAUUUUCCACAUCCAUGACUUUUGUGUGAUAAAGUAUACUAUUAUUGUCAUCAAAUUAGCCUACUUUGUAGUUAGCUAACAGUUAGCUAGUGUUAGCUAACUACAAUGUAGGUACUAGUUAGCUAACUACUGUUACGACUGCUGUCAUAAUUUCUUUUUGUUUGGGUUUUGCUGCAUGUGUUCUCUGUGCGUAUUCUGUUUUCUGUAUGCAAAUAGGUGUCUGCCAUAGCCCGGCGGUGAUUGGUGAAUUGGAUCUGUCCUUGUUUGUGAUUGGCUGCAGCUGAGGGCGUUCGGUUUUUAAAGGACCAAGAUGGGAGCUGCUUCGAGCUAGCAGGCAGACUCCACCUUCCUCCUCUCCCAACCGGCCACAGCAAUUUCUGUAUUCUAGUAAAUCUUUAUUGUGUAAAAGACAUAGGGGUGGACCGCCAGUUUUGUUACCCUUUUUUCUCCUGUUUAUUUAGUUAGGGAGGUAAGCUUUUUGUCAUUUGUUUUUUUUUAAUUUGUUUGGUUAGGUUAUUUACUUACUCCCUGGGCAGGAUUGUUUUUGUUUGUCAUUUUGGCCUUAGUCCACCCUGAAGCUAUUAUUUCAGUUAAUUGUUAUUUAAAUAUUGUAAAUAAAUUCGUACUAUUGAUCGUUCCGCACGACUUUUUCAUUGUGGCUACUUGGGACUUGGGGAAGAUGGGGGUCUUUCAUGUCAUGUCCCAGACACCCCUAGACUGGGCAUAACACUACUAUGUAAUGUUAGUACUGUAAUGUAAGCUAGCUAACAUUACUGCAUUUGCUGUGUAGAGAUAAGCAGACUUACUAUGAUAUUUAUAGCUUCCUUGUCAUAAAAUCUAACCUGUUAGGUAGCCUAUUAUACUAUUAUUGAUUAUUCAGUGAUGUCAGUAGUUGUCAAAAUGUUAAUAAAAAGUGAUAAAUGAAUAUGUCAAGCAUGAA